AAGUGGUUGAAUUUUCAAAGCAAUGGAAAUUUCCAUACAAAUACAGUGGAGGUAGUAAUUGCAUGUUGACUCUUUACAAUGUAACUUAAGCUCCAAUGAGCAUGUGAGUGAUAAAGUCGCCUGAACUUUGAAAUGUUCGAUCCUUGAAACCGAAGAGAAAUGGCGGAGGUCACCCUUUUGCAUAAAGGGACUUCUUGGCUGGAUCCUUUUGAGGGGCUUUUGUUGGAGUAUUCGCUGCCGCAGUUAUGCUCCGACGCUUUUUUCUUGCGCUUCGACUUUACGGACGGGCCAUGUCUGAAGAUUCUGCUCAGCAAAUGCCUGGGUACCGUCAUCAUCCUGGGAUCAAUGUUUGUGAAGCUGCCUCAGAUCGUGAAGCUGAUGGGCGCCAAGAGCGCCGCGGGCGUGAGCUUCCUCUCGCUGCUCGGUGAGCUGCUCGCCAUCACGGGUUCGCUGGCCUACAGCGUGGCCCACAGCUUCCCGUUCAGCGCUUGGGGCGAGGCGCUCUUCGUCAUGCUACAGACGAUCAUCAUCGGCUUUCUCAUUCAACAUUACGGAGGGAGAACCUGCCGAGGCGUACUGUUUGUGCUACUCUACUUCGGUGUGCUGGCGUUCCUGCUGUCUCCACUGGCCCCCGCGUCCCUGCUCACCGCCAUGCAGGCCUCCAACAUGCCCGCCAUUAUCGUCAGCAGGGUGAUUCAGGCGGCCACCAACUUUUGCAACGGACACACGGGCCAGUUGUCGGCUCUUACUGUCAUCGUUUUGUUUGCUGGCUCACUCUCACGCAUCUUCACCUCAGUGCAGGAAACGGGCGACACCCUGCUGGUGGUCACCUACGUGGUGUCGGUGGCCUGCAACGGCCUGGUCGUCGUGCAGGUGCUCUACUACUGGAAGGCCACCAAAAAGUUCCUACAAGACCAACGGGAGCUUACGCAGCCGUAGAUGCUGUCCUGCUCCCGAGUGAUCAACACGUUCCCUGGAAAAAUUUGAUAUCCGUACGAAGGUCUUUGGACGCUUUUUAUCUGGAGUCUUGGAUCCUUCAACUUUGUCAGUCGCGGCCUGUACAAAUUGCGCCGGCAUCCUUUCCUCCGGUCGGGCACGCGGCACUAUGCGGUGCAGAUAAUCAGCUUGGUGGACUCGCUGCGGAGGUCACGGAUGCCGUCUUGCAGCUGACCUAAGGACUUAACGACAGCACGGACAAGUACUUGAAGGACUCUCAGAACGCCAAGAGAGCUUUCAAGAAGAAAGUGGCGGCUCGUAUUAAAAGAGGCGGCCAGUGCGCUCAUUGACGAAGUGGUGGAGUUUCACGGCAUCAGAGAGGAGCUCCCGAAGGCCACUGAGAACUUUUAAACGCGUGUGUCAAGGAUGAAUACAAGAGCCAUGUACAGUCUACUAAUUAGUCGUUUCUGAAUCAACAUUUUGUUCAUGAGAAAGUUUUCCCGAUUACAUAAAGAUGCUCUGUUCAUACUUGUUGGAGACAAUCCUUCUCUUGUUGAACUGAAGACGUACAGUAUAUCCAGCAAAGGACUGCACGGCAACAAAAAUUGCCCCCCCCCCCAAAAAAAAAAAAAAUCACGCAUCACGAGUUAGUCAGUUGGCAGUUGUCUUUUGAACAUGUAACACCAGAAAUAAGGUCAUACAAUGGGCAGACAAAGAAUGGUAAAAAACAAGCACGUUGAGACCAAAAACUGAAAAAAUGACCAUGCAUAGUAAUACAUUUUUCAAAAAAAUGAUUGUCGAGUAAUAAGGCUGUUAAGAUAAAAAAUGAUUUGAAAAGGACCUCAAAGGCAUCUUUUGUAUUUACGUAAAGGUGUUUAAAAAGAGAGAUGGGCGUGCAGAGGGUGGGGCCAUUGGGGCGGGGCCCUGGGC